UUUUGUUGAAAUUUGACUUUUUAGUAAGGGAGCUAAAUUAACCAUAACUAUUUUGUGAUUUUAUAUUAUAAUUCAAGGGACAAUAGUAUAGUAUUUUCGACUGUUAAGAUUUUUGAACGUACACGACAAAAAUAAUAAUAAUUGAGAUAUUUUAAAAAACCAUUUUUGAUGUAUGUCGAUCAAGUUACGAUUAUAUGUCUUUCCAUUGGGAUGUUAUGAACAUAAUUUUCGUAUCCACUCGCAGAUAAAUCCAUCAAUACCAAAUAACUGUUACAUUUCAAAGCUAGCUAGUUAUUUAUGGUCUUGUGAAUACCUUUAUACUCAGCUGGCACAAUAAUGUUUACUAGUCAGUUAAAUUAUGCUAUGUAAUUAUCGAAAAACUUACCCUUGUUCCUUUUCCACAAAAAAAAAAAAUAAUUAACCACUUGGGGGUACGCAGGAAGCACGAUUUC